AUGUCGAACGACAGUUCUGAGCGGACCCUCACGGCCACCACUGUUUCUUCCGGCAACUCUGGUCCCAACACCCUCACGAGCGCACACCAUUUCGUAUCGCUCAAAUUGAUGCACCAUGACUAUUUGUAUUGGAGGACACAGGUGAUUCCGUUCCUCCGCGGCCAAGGCCUCCUUGGCUUUGUUGACGGUACACGGCCGUGCCCCUCAUCACAUCUGGAGAUUCCGGCCGGCAGCGGUCCUGAUGAUGUCGCCUCUUCCACGGAGAACCCGGCGUAUGGCAUAUGGGUGCAGCAAGACGCCUCGAUCUUGUCUCUACUGAUUUCCUCUCUCUCGGAGGAAGUCAUGUACCUUGCACUUGGCCGGACAACCUCGCGCUGCGUGUGGUUGGCGACGGAAACGGCUCUCAGGUCGUCGACGGAAGUCCGAAGCUUGAAUCUGCUCGGGCAAAUUCAGACAUUACGGCAGGGUGACAGCUCCACGGAGGAAUAUUUGGGGCGUGCGCAACAUCUGGUCCAGGAUCUUGCGCUCGCCGGCCGAACCCAAGAAGAUAAAUAA